CGAGCCAGAGCCGGGUGUACGUCCGCAAGCUGGGGAGGAGCGCUCCGCCCGCUGCUGACAAAGGAUGGGAGGAUGCCUGCGCCGCGGGAUGGUGGUUGCGCUCCGCCGGGCGACCGCCUGAGCGACUUCGCCCUCCGCCGGAAAUGUACCCAAGAAGAGUUCUGAGAGAAUAUACUCAAUUGUCCUUCUGUGAUUAAACAAGACACUGCUGUAUUUUAACUGAGCUUGGCAAAGCAAGGAUGUGAACAAUUGUGCAGGUGGGCUACUCAGGGCGAGUGAAGAGAUAAGGCAUCCAAUCACGAGCUGGCCUCAGGCAGCCCUGCCAGUAUGCCCCUCCACCAGAUUUCCGUAAUCCCAGUACGGGAGACUGCCAGCAAUGGGAGAAGUUCAGUGGGCAGGAACAAAGAGAAGAACAAGGAAGUCGAGAAUUUCAGAAAUUGAAAAGGGAUAAGAGGAAGGAGAAAAUGCUGGGCUGGUGUGAAGCGAUAGCCCGUAACCCUCACAGAAUCCCAAACAACACGCGAACACCUGAGAUCUCAGGGGAUUUGGCUGAUGCCUCACAAACGUCCACAUUGAAUGACAAAUCCCCCGGGCGAUCGGCAAGUCGAUCAAGUAAUAUUUCAAAAGCAAGCAGUCCAACAACAGGGACAGCUCCCAGGAGCCAGUCAAGAUUGUCUGUCUGUCCAUCUACUCAGGACAUCUGCAGGAUCUGUCACUGUGAAGGGGAUGAAGAGAGCCCCCUCAUCACACCCUGUCGCUGCACGGGCACCCUGCGCUUUGUCCACCAGUCCUGCCUCCACCAGUGGAUCAAGAGCUCAGAUACGCGCUGCUGUGAGCUCUGCAAGUAUGACUUCAUAAUGGAGACUAAGCUCAAACCCCUCCGGAAGACAUAUGAAGGAAGAAUGAUUGGAGGAGAAGAAAUCGACUUGGAGAACCUUGUGAAAAAAAGUGGAAGCAUCAAACUGUCUUCCAGAAGUGGCACAGAAAAUGGCUCGUCACUCCUGGCCCAGAUUUUCAGGUAUAUUCUUGGUUCUGGUCACUAUUUCAGGAAGGAUUGGUGGGGCAAGAGUGGAGUCUUCUUCAGAUCAUCCAUUCAUGAAAGCAUAGCUUCGUGGACAAGUGAAGAAAGGCUGAUAAAAAUUACCAAACCCACUGAUAACAACUUGGUGGUAACUUUCUCUCUUUUUUACUUCAAAGGUGUCCUUGAAUGGCCAUUUUGGACAAAACUGGUUGUGGUGGCCAUUGGCUUCACGGGAGGUCUUGUCUUCAUGUACGUACAGUGUAAAGUCUACGUUCAGUUGUGGCGCAGGCUGAAGGCCUACAACCGUGUGAUCUUUGUGCAAAAUUGCCCAGACACUGCCAAAAAGCAGGAGAAGAACUUCUCAUGUAAUGUGAACACGGACAUCAAGGAUGCCGUGGUAGUGCCUGUAUCACAAACGGGUACCAAUUCCCUGCCAGCUGCAGACGGCGGCCCCCCUGAGGUUAUACCAGUGUGACGGGACCAGCUGGGAGCUUCUUCACUGAAGAGUAUCUUUCUAGCCCUUAGCCACUACACAUGACAGAAGUGAUCCUGAAGUACUCACUCCCUUUAUCUUCUCUUUCUCCUACGGACUCAUUUUUCCCUACUUUGCUCAAAAGCAAAGGACCAAAACAACACCAAAUGACCAGGAUCCCGUGAAGCAGUCCACCCAGAGUGUGAUACGGAAAUGUGAGAAGUUUGCUAGAGAGUGAUUUCUAAGACAAUUAAGAGCCACUGGAGCAAGGAAUGCUCGUAGGCAGUGACGAAAGCCUGAAUGGUCACACACGUCUUCACAGGAGAAAGUUUCAGAAUACAGACUUGAACUGCAAUGUGUGUUUCUUCUAAGGCCUCGUCAUGUUAACUGUCUUCAUCUGGAAAUAAGAAACAUACUAGGUUUUAAGCUUGAAAUCGUCUGCAUUGUCCUUAAGUCAUAUCAGAAGCAAACUUGGAGGAUGCAUAUUUUGAUAUUCAUACUUUGACAGCUAACAGAUUUUUAUGGCUAUCGUGGAGUCCAGUUGUUUUACCAGAUGCAUGUUUUUAAAAUAGAUGCAAUACACAUUUGAAGAUAUUAAUAUUUAGAAUUAUGUUCAAAUCAUGAACAGAUUUUCAGAGUUUUUGGGUGUAAUUAAUGCUGUUAAGUACCCACUGAAGCUGAAAGCAACUAUCAGGUCCUACAUUUUAUCUGGUCCCCGUAAAACAGUGUUGCCCAACAGAAAUAUAAUGUGAGCCACAAAUGCAAGCCAGAUGCCUACAUUUAAAAUUUUCCAGUAGCCCCAUUAGAAAAAGUAAAAAUAAGUGAAAUUUUCAUAUUUCAUUUAACACUAUGUAUCAGGUUAGUUCAAUGUCAUGAAUAUUAAAAAUUAAGGUAUUUUACAUCCUCGUUUAGGAACCACAAUUAAAAAUCCAGUAUGUAUUUGACCUUUACAGCGUAUCUUAAUUUGAAUUAAUCAUAUUGUUUAGCACAGGCCCUAAAAUUAAAGGCAGAGCCUCUGCUCCACUGAAUAUUUCACAACAGCAGCUCAAUUCCUUCUUUUAUUCAAAGUCUCACAAAUGUUACAGUUUUAUACAGCACUAAAUUAAUCAAGUUAAAUAAUGUGGUUGGUUAAGGAGUUAGGUGAACUUACCAUUUCUCUAGAGGGUGAAAAAAAUGAAAGUAUAGAAAGAUACAAUGAUCUACAUGUGGCAAAGUUCUGAAAUUAACUUGUUUGCUACUAUGAAGCACAUAUGCUAGGGAAACAAAAAUUAAAUAUUAUUGUUAAGUCAAAUGUGUAGGGCUUUUUUUUUUCUUUAAUCCACAUGUGGUAUCUAACUUGACAGAUGAAUAGUUAUGACUAAGCACUUAGACUAUUUUAAAAAGCUGACAGUAUUUCCCUUGCUCAGCUGGGAAGUAAAGAUAUUCAACAGAUUUUGUGAUAAGUAAUAAAUUGAGUUGUUUAGGUUUGGCAGUUCAGUUGAUUAUUGUGUUCUUUGCAUAUUCAUGUAAAACUGAAGCGUGAAUGUUACUGCAGUGAGCUAGAUUAAUGAUUAUAGAGUUAGUGACCCAUGAAAGAAAGAUGUCUCACAUUUAAAAAGGUGAUUUUUUGUUGUUGUUAGCUGUCAUAUUUAUUAUUGUGAAAAGGCAACCAUGAUGGCCCUAAGAACCAAAGCAUGGGUAUUGCAUUGCACAAACCCGGGUAUCACAUUGAUGCACUUUGUAAUUAUCAGUGUGCUUGUUCUUCAUGGAUUAUCAUAGAAAAAAGGAAAAGGAAAUAACCUUUUAAUGUGGAGAAAGAUAUGAAUAUUAGUAGUGGCUGACAAUGAGUCCAAAUAGUCCCAAUUCAUAGAAAUAAAGAAAAGGUAUACAAUGUCAAAUUUGUAUGUGUGUGUGUGUGUGUGUGAUGUGUGUGUGUGAUUUCAUGUGUGUACAUGAGAAAAACAUUAAGGUUUUCGGCCAGUCAGGAAACAAAAGGUUUAAAACUCAUCUUUCUUAAAACUUGCGGAGGGUAUGGACUAAAGGCACAGGGAAAACAAAGCUGAAGUUACUAAAGUGUACCAUAAUUUCUGCACAACUAAGGACAUACUUGUAAUAAAAAAUCUAUGAACCUUAAACAAACUAAACUUUGUAUUAACUUCCUCUUAAAUUUCCAUUUUAAAGGUUUUAGAUAAAUAUUCAUGAAUAGCUAAGCUUUGGGUGAUUUAACCAUAGCACCUCACCCAAUAGAUUAACCUGGAUUCAAUUUUUGUUAAUUUUCCUAAGCUUUUUACUAAUCCAUUUUUCCCAGAGCUUAGCAAUGGAAACGUGUUGUUUACAAAUA